UUCUCCUUAUUUAUGCAGAAGAAACUGCUUGGAAGACGUGAAGCUUAACUUUUCCUCACAGGCAAAGGUAUCUGAGAAGAAACCACAGAAGCAACUCAGGUAAGAGAUGUUAAACAAAAAAUCUUUUUUGCUGUUCGGAACUGGUUUGCUGUUCUUUACAACAGCAUGGUCUCUUGAAUGUACCAAAUAUAAUGUAAAUACAUGUAAUGCAUGUAUCCAGUCUGGUCCUGGUUGCGCCUGGUGCAAAAAGCGGGAUUUCACAAAAGUAGGAGAACCAGAUGCUGCUCGUUGUGACACCAUGCAACAGCUCCUGAAGAGGGGCUGUGAAGGGAAUAUUAUUUUUCCAGAAAGCCUUGCCUUUCCUAGCACCCCUGCUCUACCAAAUGGUCAGCAACUCUACCCUCAGAAGGUGCAACUGCAGCUAAGAAAAGAUCAACCUGCUGUUUUUAAUGUGACAUUCCACCGUGGUCAGGAUUACCCCAUAGAUCUCUACUACUUGAUGGACCUUUCAUACUCUAUGGAAGAUGAUCUCCAAAUUGUGAAGAAGCUAGGUGGUGACCUUCUUAAAGCUCUCAACGAUAUUACUAAAAAUGCUCGGAUAGGGUUUGGUGCUUUUGUGGAUAAGACUGUGUUGCCCUUUGUAAACACACACCCAGAGAAGUUGCAGAACCCCUGUCCAAGCAAGGAGACAAAGUGCCAACCACCAUUUGCUUUCAGACAUGUGCUCAGCCUCACAGAUGAUGUUGAGAAGUUUAAAGAGGAAGUAGGGAAGCAGGAUAUAUCAGGGAAUCUUGAUGCACCAGAGGGAGGACUAGAUGCCAUGAUGCAAGCGGCUGUCUGCGGGGAUAAAAUUGGCUGGAAUAAUGUGACACGCUUACUGGUAUAUACUACAGAUGAUGGUUUCCAUUUUGCUGGGGAUGGUAAGCUUGGGGCCAUCUUAACUCCAUUUGAUGGGAGAUGCCACCUGGAAGAAAACAUGUAUAAAAAGAGCAAUGACUAUGAUUAUCCAUCAGUUGGGCAUUUGGUACAAAAACUUAAAGAAAAUAACAUCCAGCCCAUUUUUGCUGUUACCAAGAAAAUGGUUGAUACGUAUCAAAAGCUCAGUAAGAUGAUCCCCAAGUCUGCUGUGGGAGAGCUACAGGAGAAUUCAAAUAAUAUCAUUCAACUCAUCAAAGAUGCUUACAAUAAUUUGUCUUCCAAAAUUAUUUUGGACCAUGAUACUUUGCCAAACUUCAUCAAAAUCUCAUAUGAUUCUUUCUGCCCUAACAACGUACAUACAAUGGAUAAACCACAAGGGAAGUGUGACAAUGUUAAGAUAAAUGAUGAGAUUAUCUUCCAAGUAAGAAUUACAGCAACAAAGUGCAUUGAAAACCACACACUUACCCUCCAGCCUCUUGGUUUCACAGACUUCGUCACUGUGCAUAUGCACGGUCGGUGUAACUGUGAGUGUGAUGAGGAACCACCCAGUAGUUCUGACUGUAGUGGACAAGGGAAAGUAGAGUGUGGAAUCUGCAGUUGCAAUCCUGGUUUUACUGGAAAGAAUUGUGAUUGUAAAACUGGAGGUAAAUCUAGCAAGGAAUUGGAAAAGAGUUGCCGAAAGGAUAACGCCUCGGUCAUCUGCUCUGGCCUAGGAGAUUGUGUAUGUGGGCAAUGUGUAUGCCACACUAGUGAUGAUCCCAAAAAACAUAUUUAUGGUACCUUCUGUGAAUGUGACAACAUGAGCUGUGAGCUUCACAAUGGUCUACAAUGUGGAGGGGAAGAACGAGGCCGGUGUGACUGUGGAAAAUGCAGAUGCACUGAUGGAUAUGAUGGCAGUGCCUGCCAAUGCAAGGCUUCAACAGAUGGCUGUCUGAACAGUAACGGGAAUGUAUGCAGUCUCCGUGGGCAGUGCCAGUGCAAUACAUGCCACUGUAUCUUAGGCUACCAGCCACCACGGUGUGAAGAAUGCCCUGGCUGCCCAUCACCCUGUGCCAAAUACGUUUCCUGUGUUGAGUGUCUUGCCUUUGGGAGUGGCCCAUUUCAAAAGAAUUGUUCUUAUGCUUGUUCAAACAUUACUCUGCGCAAUGGCACAGUUACCAAAGGUAAAUGCAAGGAGAAGGAUUCUCAGAAUUGCUGGAUCUACUAUACUUUGUUUCAAAUGGAUGGACAAGAGAAGUAUGCUGUUUCAGUUGAUCCUAAUAAAGAGUGUCCAGUGCCCCCUAAUGUUGCAGCCAUUGUAGGGGGCACUAUUGCUGGAGUGGCCCUUAUUGGACUCAUCCUCCUCCUGAUUUGGCGGUUAUUGACAGAGCUGAUUGAUCGCAGGGAAUACCACAGAUUUGAGAAAGAAAAAUCCAAGGCUAAGUGGAAUGAUGCUGACAACCCUCUUUUCAAGAGUGCUACCACCACAGUUGUGAACCCCAGAUUUAAUGGACAAUGAAGUGAAACUACAGCAAAGCUGUGACCACAAAGGAAUUCUUCAGGAUGGAAAAAAUGAAUACGUCUUUCUUCACAAAUGCUUUUACAUAUGUUUACCCCUGUCUUUGUCAUCAAAUAUGAGCAGAAAUCCAUUUGCAAACAUGUUUCUACCCAAUGGUUAUAGGAAAACGCCAGACUGCUAACUCACUUGCAUUCCCCAUAUUUACCUCACCUAAGGCACCCAGAGCAAGUCUAAAUCUUCUCCACACAUCUGCUGUUAAAGAAAUCAGCAUUUGGAAUUUAAAUGAAAAUAAAACAAAUGGAACAAUUCUUAAAACA